AUGCAUCUGAUUGUUUGUAGUGUUGCAUCGCUGAUUAUUGCGUGUUGGGCUCAACGCGGGGGUGUCGGAAGUCCACAUCCCUUCAAAGCAUCGUUUGGUGAUUCACCUGCUCCGUUCAUGAUUGACGUUGACCACGAAUUCAUACAAGAGACCUUACAACGAGUACGGCUCACAAGGUCGCCAGGUGAGCUGAAUCAGCCGGAGUUGGUCGAUGGGCCUCCAGUACGCGUCGCUUUGGCGGUGCGCGACCACUGGAUCAAGGACUACGACUGGUUUCAGACACAACACGCAUUGAACGACCAAUUCACACAGUUCACCACAACAGUUUCCAUGCCCGCUGAUUGCAGGUAUACCGCUCCCGUCCCCUUGCACUUCAUCCACCACAAGUCCGACCACGAAGGUGCCAUUCCGCUCCUCUUCAUACAUGGCUGGCCCGGUUCUUUCCUUGAGGUCGGGCCUUUGCUGCCGUACUUACUCGACCCCCCCAAUGCCUCAGCGCCCGCUUUCCAUGUCGUCGCUCCCUCUAUACCCGGCUUCGCCUUCUCCCCGGCACCCACACAGCCCGGUUUUGGUUACAUCGAAGCUGCUCAUGCUUUUGACGCGCUGAUGCGGCAGCUUGGUUACUCACAGUAUGUCCUCCAAGCCGGCGAUGCUGGUGGCCUGAUUAUGCGCUACCAAGCCCACCUGUACCCUUCCUCGGUUGUCUCCGGACUCAACAACUUCUGGGUCGUCAGUCCUGAGAUCUCGGACCUGGAACGUUAUCACGCCAAAGAAGCCAGUGACGACGAGGUAGCCAUCAUUGAGCGUAUGCAGUUCUUCAUCAGCGAGCAUUGGGGCUAUGGCCAGAUCCAGCAGACGCGACCGUUGCGGCUGGCACAUGCUCUUACGGAUAGCCCGGUGGGACUAGCGAUAUGGAUCUACGACGGACUAUGGCCUGCGGUCUGGGAUCUCAGCGUCCUCACAGCUCAGGAGAUCAUUACAUGGACCAUGAUGCAUUGGAUUCAGGGACCGUAUGGAGCGUUGAGCAUCUACAAGCAGGGCGGGCCUUUGGGCGGUGGAUUCAACGCAACUCACUUCACUCCGUUGCCGUAUGUACAUCAGCCAAUGGCCAUUUCUGAGUUUCCCAAAGACCUGUGGUAUCGGACUCCACUGGAGUGGACGCAGCGAACGGGAAACGUAAAGGUCCGCUACUUGCAUGAAACCGGUGGCCACUUCCCGGCAUGGGAGAAUCCUGAGUUGCUUGCCAAAGAUAUCUGGAGCUUUUUCGGCGACAAGGAAUUGUCUGGAAUGAACGUCUUCCAGCGCUAUGGAGAGCGUAAAGGCGAAUUAUAG